GACGGGUCGCUCGUCGUCGAAUCCGGCAUAUACUAUACGCAUCCACACUUCACACAAUUUCGUCAGUGUUUUAUAAACAAUGGAAAAGUUUCUCAGUGCUUGAACAAUAUCCCUGGACACUUAAAUUAUCACGUGUAUAAACAUGUGUAUCCGUGACUCCUUUAACAAGUUUCCAGUCGUUUUACAGUGUACCUGAAACAUUUAAAAAGUGAUUAGAAUUUUAUCUGGAUUUUUAACCGUGAAUCGUUUGUGCAGUAAAUAAAUUAAUGCAUCGGUUUUGAAGAUGUCGAAGGAGAGGCCUUAGCAUGAGCCACACUGCCGCACUACGAAUCCUGAUACUGAUCCUGAUCCUGGGCGAUCUCGACUCGGUCACGGUGGUAAAUCAUCAUCACCCGGACGACGAAUAUUUUCUGGAGCAUCAGGUUCUCUACGAGGAUGCGAUCAACGAGGCGAAAAAGCUGGAAGUUUAUCCCGGUCCCAUUGUAGGAUGCAAGCCUUGUACGAGUUCAGAAAUGAGGUAUUGCAAGGAUGGAAGUGUCAUAAACGAUCAUUGCUGCUGCGACGGCAAUUUUAACAAGGUAUUUCCCUUCAUCGAGCACACUUGUCGCGUGGGACCGGAAGAAUGCAAAGUGCAGGCUGGAGACUGUGCUGAAUACACAAGGUUACGAGAAUGUUGCUGUCAUUCCUACUUAGCUUCUCUCUGGAAAUAUUUAGCAAAUGACGCCUGGUCAUUUGUGAAUACGAAUCUUACAAAGUUCCUGGCGGUAUUGAUGGUGCUCAGGUUAUUCUUACGGCCGACUUAACAAGCACGCAUUAAAUAUAUACUAUUUUGUUGUACACAUCGAAUUAUUUUAAUAAAUUAUUUUUCCAUCAUUAUAUUUCACGCUACGAUCGAAAUAAUUACUCCUAUUUUUAGACGCUUUUUGUACUUUUCUACGGGGUUGAAAGCGUAGCCAUUACGCGAUACGAUUUGUCAGA